UACCCAUGGAUUCCUCUUCUCCCCCACGCUGUAUGGGGGCAUGGACGAGGACGCCGUGAGGCGGGUGUUCGAAGGCUCUUGCGGCAGCUUCUACGCCAUCACCGCGGUGCGUCGCUGCCGGCACCGCGAGGAGCGCACCCUCGGAUUCCUCGAGAGGAUUAAAUCUCGGGCGGAAUGGCUUUUUGGAUGGUAUGGCGCGGCGCCCGCAGACGUCGAGGCAGCGGCCGACGGCGGCGACCUGCGGACGAACUUGCCCAUUAUGCCUGCUCACCUGGCGCACGACCGAGUGGUUGGAUCUCUUCCCAAGGCAGAGUUGAUCGGAGAUCUCGUACUCACCUCCUGUUCUGCGCGCUUGCACUGGACUGGAGAGAGAUCAUCCCAGCAGGGUCAUCCCAAUCCCAGCCCAGCAGCACACUGUUUCACACGGGCACGGAUGCCUUACCGGAUUCUGUGUGGCAUGUCAUCUAGGAGACCUCGGCGGGAACUUGCGUGCUUCCGCUGUUCAUGGUGAGUUUCAGGCAGACCCGACUGUCCCAAGAGCUCGCUCUCAAAAAAAAAAAGGCCAGGAUCCCCCGCUUGAGAAUGCAGAAGGCUUUGCAAGAGUGACAGGUUACAAAGAACUGGACAAAUCGUUAGCUUUUGCGAGUGUUCAGCGGUUACAAAUG